CAUCGGUCUCUCUUCCCUUCGCCUCUUUUCACCAAGCACUUUUACCUGCAUCUUUAUCUUGAUAUACCAUGGGUUGGUUCAGCGACGACUCUGAGCAGGCGCAGGCCUACGAGCAGGUCCAGAACGCCCCGCACAAGGCUGAGCUCUCGCACGAGCUCAUCGCCGGUGCCGCCGCCUACGAGGCCGCGAAGGCGUACGAGAAGCACGUCGAGGCCAACGGCCAGCCCCCCAGCCACGACAAGGCCAAGGAGCUCUUCGCUGGCCUCGCCGGAGCCUUCGUCGACCGCAUCGUCGAGACGAAGGGGCUCGACUACGUCGACACCGAGAAGGCGAAGUACCACGCCAACCGCCACGCGGAGGAUGCGCUCGCGAACCAGUACUAAAUGCACCAAGAAUGUAAACGAGGACAAUGUACUACUGUAGAUGAUAUCUGGAAAGCUUUGGCAU